CCCACUUCCCAUAGCGCUCACACUCUACUUUCGGAUCCAAUUCUAUCCCCCGCCCCCUUCUAUCAUUUUUUAUCAACAACAACAACAAAAAAAAAGUUUUAGUUAAGCUAAAAUUAAGGUUAGCCACAUAAACCAUAUAUGGCCAUCAAAGUUUACGGGUCCCCUGGCUCAACCGCAACUCUCCGGGUUCGGGCUUGCCUUGCCGAGAAGGACCUUGACUAUGAGUAUAUUAAAAUCGACAUGGGUAAAAAAGAGCACAAGCACCCAAAUUUCCUUUCUCGUAACCCAUUUGGUCAAGUCCCAGCUUUUGAGGAUGGUGAUCUCGAACUAUUUGAAUCAAGGGCUAUUACACAAUACCUAGCUCACACAUACGCCGACAAAGGAACCGAUCUAGUAAUCAAAGAUCCAAAAAAAAUGGCAAUAGUGGCUGUGUGGAUUGAAGUGGAGUCUCAAAAGUUUGAGCCCGUCAGUUCAAAGCUAGGUUGGGAGUUAGCUUUGAAGCCAAUGUUUGGCAUGACAACGGACGAAACGGUUGUGGCCGAGAACGAAAAGAAGCUGGAAGAUUUGCUUGAUGUGUAUGAAUCAAGGUUGUCAAAAAGCAAGUAUUUAGGAGGGGAUGACUUCACAUUGGCUGAUCUUCACCACCUCCCUAACCUUAAGUACUUGAUGGGGACAAAGGUUAAGAGGUUGUUUGAUGCUCGUCCUCAUGUGACUGCAUGGGCUAACGAUAUCCUGUCCAGGCCGACUUGGGUGAAGGCGUUUACAUCGCAAUAGUUGUGUUUGAAGUUGUUUCGGUAUGAAUGAUGUCCACGCGUUAAAUGUUGUGUUACAUGAGAAUGGAUAUGUAUGUGUUUUAACUUUUAAGGGCAAUCUUAUGUUGCCUUCUUAAUAAAACUUGAAUAAAUGUUUUAAAUUAUUGUUGAAA